UCGAGGAGAAACCCAGCCACUCUCGCGGCCGCCCAAACCCUCCUCCUCCGCCCGUUCUUCCUUGGCCAUCCCCUUGGCAUCUCAUCGCCGUUGGUUAAUCGAUCGAUUGCUUGCUUUCUUGAUGCUUCCGAGACAUGGCGUCGAUCCGUCGAACGCUAUUGGCGGCCAACAUCAUCGAUCGGUCCUUCCGCAAUCAUUCCCUUUGUUGCCAUAACACUACCCAGCACCAAUCCCUUUCCUCUUCUGCUCUGUCGUCGUCUUCUUCUGUCCCUUUCUUCACGCGCGGCCAGCUGCAACAUCACCAUAGUUCAUGGAGGAGGAAGAGGAGGAGGAGACAACUCCUUCGGUUGCUCCUCUUCUUCGCCUUCGGCUUCUUUAUCGGCCUUUAUCCCUUGGCGCAGCUCGACGACUUUGGCUUCCGGCCGCACCACCUCUCCUUCGCUUCCUCUUCCUCAAUCUUAACCACCACCGCCGCCGUGGCAACCGCCGGUAACGAUAACAUUCCACGCCGGGAUCUCGGAGCCGUCAACAUCCGCUCCGGCGGCAGGGAGAUCGAGGUCUUACGUUCCGAUAACGACGGCGACGUGCCGCCGCCGAACGACAUCCCGGAGGAUCGCUCGCGGGAGAGGAAGCUGCUGAUCGUGGUGACGCCCACGUACAACAGAGCUUUUCAGAGAUACUACCUGAUCCGGCUGGGCCAGACGCUGCGGCUGGUGUCGCCGCCCCUACUCUGGAUCGUCGUGGACAUGAACGCAACCUCCGUGGAGACGGCGGAGAUCCUCAUGCGCAGUGGUGUCAUGUACAGGCAUCUCGCUGCCUGCAAGAAAAACUCGACCGACAGCAGGGACAGGGGCGUCCACCAGCGGAACGCUGCGCUGGAGCACAUCGAGCGGCAUCGUCUGGAUGGUAUCGUCUACUUUGCGGACGACAGCAACAUCUACUCGCUCGAGCUGUUCCAGCACCUGAGGGACAUCAGGAGAUUUGGUGUUUGGCCUGUUGCUAUGCUUGCUCAAAGCAAAAAUAAUGCAGUAAUAGAAGGGCCAGUAUGUAAUGGAAGUCAAGUAAUUGGCUGGCGAAUUCAUGAGAAGAGCAGGAGACAUAGCAGAUUUCAUGUUGAUAUGUCUGGAUUUGCAUUCAACAGCACAAUGCUUUGGGAUCACGAGAGAUGGCAUCGUUCAAACUCAGAUGCCAUUCGGCAACUAGACACCGUGGAGGAGGAUUUUCAGGAGAGUGCAUUUGUAGAGCAGAUAGUAGAGGAUGAAAGUCAAAUGGAAGGCUUACCAAAUGGUUGUUCAAGGAUCAUGAACUGGCAUCUCCAUGAAGAAGCUAGAAAUUUUGCUUAUCCUGAAGGGUGGCAGUUAUCUAGGAACCUUGAUGCUAUUGUUCGUUUGACAUAGAAUCUGCAACCUUCACAAGGCACCUCAAUUUAUUUUUGUGUUCUGCUUCUUCCAAAAUGUUUCGGAAACCACUUCAAAAAGGACAGUGGUGGGUGCGGGCUAUAACACAAAUAAACUUUCAUUCAUGGCAGCCACUCAAGGAUGGAUUGGCAGUUCUGUGAUUGGUAACUACUUCCACCUAAAAUUCAUUCAAAAGUAGAAAACCGUUUACACUGCUUCUUGUGGAAGGUAUAUAUACCUUUAUAUGUACAGAUUAAUCAUAGAAAAGCUAUCAAUUUAGUGGAUUCUGGCGGAGAUUUCAUGUCUGCCCUCUGUAAGCAGCCGUUUUCAUUGUUAGUUGUGUUUGAUAAAAAAAAAAUAAGAGAGAAAAAUUCUCCGCUGUUAAUCUGUUGUCGGCUGAUCAGUUCUUAGUCUUACCAUUUAACAAGAAAAUAGUAUGACAAAAAUGUUGGUUUCCAGAAUGUUUUGUGUCAUAGAAUUUCAAAUACCUUGUUCAAGUACCUCAACAAUGAUAUCAAAGAUUCGAAAUAUGGUGUAAAUAUGUGCUCCAAUGUGGAAUGCUGGAGUUGAAACUUGACAAUUUUGUAUUCCAUAGCAGGUGCAGUUAUGGUAAAUGAUUGCCAUUAUCAUGCCAUGAUCAUGUUUCUAUGACAAGAAACAUCUGUUUGAGCUAACAGAGGUCAUCUCAGA